AUGCCGUUUUUCUCCCUUUCCUUUGCUGCGCCGCUCCUGUUGUGCGAUUUGUGCGUUUUUCCCCUUUGCAUGCAUUUGUGCGACCAAAGGAGCCUGCAGCAGCACCAGUACCAUCACAGCAGCGAGAAGCUCACGAUGGCUUCUGCAACGUCGGUGAAGGAGGCAAUCGCUCGCUUCGAGGAGGCGGAGUACCGUCGCCGCACCAGUGAGAUGUCAGAGGAGGAGAAGGCGAAUGCUCCGCGAGUUGUGGCCGCGGAGGAGCCUAGAGUCUUGCUCAUUGGGAUGCUGCCUCCGAUUGUGAAGAUGGACAAGGACAUAGCCACUCUUGUUAACUGCGAACAUCUUGGACUUUCCACCAACGGCAUUGAGAAGAUCGGGCCCGGUCUGAGGGAGCUGAAGAAGCUGAAGAUACUCUCACUUGGGCGCAACGUGAUUCGUAAGAUUGAGCAGCUUGACAUCCCACAACUGGAGCAGCUGUGGCUUUCUUAUAACAAGAUUGAUAAGCUUACGGGACUCGACAAGCUAAAGAAUUUGAAGGUCCUGUACAUGAGCAAUAACCUUAUCAGUAGCUGGACGGAGAUUGACCGCCUGGCCAACCAGUGUCCGGAGCUGGUGGAUGUUCUUUUUUUGAACAACCCUAUCUGUAACAACGCGCCGUCAAUGCAGGAGUAUCGGCACAUGAUAUUGCAGCGUCUCCCCAAACUCACCAAGUUGGACGGGGUGCCGGUGGAUCCGGAGGAGAAGGAAGAAGCGGAGCGACGGCGCUAA